UUCGACAGACUAGCAGCCAAGUGGGAAAAUAAUGCCUAUAUAUAUAUUUAUAUAUCAUGUCAUGAGCCUCAAUCUAAAUAUAGUUUUCAGAAACGACAAGAAUUUGAAUUAACAUCUUUCAGUUGUUUAUGGUGGAAGGAGAAUUUUGUUCAGCAAAGGCUCGUAGUUGUAGACGAAACAUGAGCGCAGAGAAGCGGAAGCAAGGGAGCCAAGAAGAGAGAAGGCGAUACAAAGGGAUAAGGAUGAGAAAGUGGGGGAAGUGGGUGGCUGAAAUUAGAGAACCAAACAAGAGAUCUAGAAUAUGGCUUGGUUCUUACACCACUCCGGUAGCAGCAGCACGAGCCUACGACACUGCUGUCUUCUAUCUUCGAGGCCCUUCUGCUCGUCUUAAUUUCCCUGAAUUGAUUUUCCAAGAUGAUGAUCUUCGAGACAUGUCUGCCGCCUCUAUACGCAAGAAAGCUACAGAAGUUGGAGCUAGGGUUGAUGCCUUACAAACUGCUCUGCAAAAAUCACAAUCAGAAUCCAAUUCUACCACUCGCUUAUCCGAGAAGCCUGAUUUAAACAAGUAUCCCAACCCAGAAAGUUCUGAUGAAGAUUGAAAUAUACAACAUACCAGUACUGUUAGUUGUAACAUGAUAGAUGCUAAACGAGGAUAGAGUUAGUAAGAAGUCAAUGUCUUAAUUAAAUUUAAUGUCUUCUAGUUGUUUUGUUUUCUGUUAUGUGUUUAAUAUUGAAGUUGAAGAAAUAGUAACAACUUAGAUUGGGUAGGCAUGGAAA